UGUCCGUCGUACAUACGUGCUCGUCUGCUGCCCGAACACAGCUCUCGACAUGAAGAUCUCAGCGGUCCCAAGCGCAGCUAUUGCGCUUGGUCUCCUCUGCGACGUGGAUAGUUUCGCGCCCUUGACAGCUGGAUGGCAGCUCCGACAAACAUCCUCCGCGUGGCACAUGAUCCCAAGUGGUCGGCCAAGAAGCGCUACCAGCAGUCGGGUCAUGAUGAUGGGGGGGUUCGGUGGGCCGGAAAAGAAGAAGAAGGUCGUUGGUGUAGGGAGGGGGCAGGAUGCCUACCAGCGGCAGGUGAAGUCCUACCACGGGCUUACUGAGGCCGGUGCAGAAGGGGCGGACGUCUACGUGCACCGAGAGGGGGAUGACAAGUUUAUAUUCAUGGGGAAAGCAGCUUGGUCUUCAGGAAUCACCGUGCAGCAGGCGUUGCAGUUUCAGAGGGGGCUGAUUCUGGGGCACGUGGAGCUCUUGGAGCCCAUGUGGAAGGAUAAACCGGCGCCGAUGCGCAUUUUCACCGCGCCCAUCAACUCCGAGAUCGAGGUGGCGAGAAACAUUCACGACCUCGUGAGGGUGCUGGGCCCCGGCAAGGGCAAGGAUGUUAAGGUGGACAAGUUGACCCCACAAGAGGUGGGGCUGCGGCCCGAGCUGUACGAGCUCGGCGAGCCGUACUUCUACGUUAGAAAGCUCGACGACGGCAAGUGCCCCGCGCCCCCCUCGGAGGUGAUGAUCGAGACCAUGGAUAACCUGGUCGCCAAGGGGGUCGUGCCUGCCAAGGAAACCGUUGAUGCGGCAGCUCCCCCCCCGGCGGACGAGUAGCCUGUUGGUCGACUUGCCUGGAUAGGCAAAAGAUGGAGGCUGUUCUGAUGAUUGAGAGUGUCGGGAGGGUUUGGGUGGCACACCGUGGUUGUUGGAAUGGGUUGGGUUGGCUGGAAAUGGGGAUGUGCGGCAGCCCCUCCUUGGUAUCGCGUUGGGAACCCCUCUGUGGGGCUCAAUAGAUCAUCGACUCGAGGCGAACAGGGCAUUUGGGUGGUGUAGCCGACGAAGUUGGAAGUCGUGUCCAUCAGGGGCCAAGCGAGCGAGUGGUGGACAAAGGGGAGGGGAUUAAAGCUAUAUUUCCAGCUGACUCCCUUCGUGACUCGUUACUCUUUGUCAGGAAAUUUCUCUUUAGCAGGGGAGCGAGGAUGAUUUCAUGUACGUUGGCCGAUUCCUCACUAGCGCGAUUUUGUUUACAAGUUUUGAAUGGAGUGAGUUAAGAGACUCAUCCCACUUGCAAAGAAUUAUCCUCCUCUAA